AUGUCUUUGAUGGACGAAUACACUUUUGAGGACACCAUUUGUGGUGACCCAGGUAUUGCGCACUAUUACAAGACCAAAGUCGAUGCCCUUGAAAUGACCAUUCUUAAAAAAACACAUCAUCUUGCCAGACUUGCAGCCCAGAGAAAUGCCCUCAAUUCACAAGUGCGCAAACUGCGCGAAGAGAUCUUUUGGUUACAAGAGCCUUCUGGCUAUGUUGGGGAAGUCAUUAAGCUGAUGGGAAAGAACAAGGUCCUUGUUAAGGUGCAUACAGAGGGCAAGUAUGUCGUUGACAUCGAGGAAGGCGUGGAUCUCCCUACGCCUUUGAAGACGGGAACGCGGGUUGCCCUUAGGAACGACUCAUACACCUUGUACAAGGUGUUGCCGUCUAAGAUUGAUCCUCUCGUAUCUUUGAUGAUGGUUGAAAAGGUGCCGGACUCGACCUAUGACAUGAUUGGCGGGCUGGACAAACAGAUCAAGGAGAUCAAAGAGGUCAUCGAGCUUCCCAUCAAACACCCAGAGCUGUUUGACAAUUUGGGCAUCACCCAGCCAAAGGGUGUUUUAUUGUAUGGGCCGCCUGGAACCGGAAAGACCCUGCUUGCCCGCGCAGUUGCCCAUCAUACGGAUUGCAAAUUCAUUCGAGUUUCUGGCGCCGAGCUAGUCCAAAAGUACAUCGGAGAAGGAUCUAGGAUGGUUCGCGAGCUUUUUGUCAUGGCAAGGGAACAUGCUCCCUCGAUCAUUUUUAUGGAUGAAAUUGACUCCAUCGGCUCCACAAGAACAGAGUCCAGCUCAGGCGGAAACUCCGGCGGCGGAGAUUCUGAGGUGCAAAGAACAAUGUUGGAGCUCCUCAAUCAACUGGAUGGAUUUGAGCCGGUCCAAAAUAUCAAAGUCAUUAUGGCGACCAACCGAAUCGAUAUUUUGGAUCCUGCGCUCCUCAGACCCGGAAGGAUCGACAGGAAAAUUGAAUUUCCACCUCCAAAUGAUGCCGCAAGGACCGACAUCUUGAGAAUCCAUUCCAGGAAAAUGAAUCUUGUUCGAAACAUUAACUUGUCCAGGAUUGCUCAGAAGAUGAAUGGCGCCUCUGGAGCGGAGGUCAAGGGUGUAUGCACCGAGGCCGGGAUGUUUGCUCUUCGUGAAAGAAGGAUACAUGUGACGCAGGAGGAUUUCGAGAUGGCCGUUGCCAAGGUUAUGAAAAAAGACGUCGACACCAAUGCUUCACUCCGCAAGCUGUUCAAAUAA